AUGCAGGCACUUAUCUUUUAUGUACUAGCAUACUUAGAAUUAAUCCGAUACUUGAAACAGGGUGAAAAAGCCAGCCCAAACCAGGGCAGGGCUGCAGAACCAGAGGCAUGUCGCCCAGCGAACAGCCCUGAACACAGAGCGGACUCGAGCCUGCGCUCCCGCCCGCCACCCUGCCCGCGUCCAGCUCCGAGCCCUAGGUUGGGUCUGGGCCCUGCCCUGUUCUCUGAGCCCGCGGGGACCACCAGGGACGCCGCCCGGCGCGCCCCGGGCCGCGGGGACGUAGCAAAGGGGCUGCUGGUUGGGGCGGCUGCGGCAGCGAAGGGACAGAAGGACCACCCGGGGGGUGCGGCCGCACCGCUUUGGAGGGGUUUGUCCCGGAUCCCGAGGCAGGAGGGCCCUGGAGAAGAGGCGGCGACAGUUGCCGGACACCUCCUGAUACUGCCAAAUGAGAAAAGCUUUCAGAGUGCUGUUAGAAGCAAUAAUUUGAAUCUUAUGGAGAAGCUGUUUGAAAAGAAGGUUAACAUUAAUGCUGUGAACAAUAUGAGCCGGACAGCCCUGCAUUUUGCUGUUGGGGGAAAUCAUUUAUCUGCAGUGAAUUUCUUGCUUAAGCACAAGGCCAGGGUGGAUGUUGCUGAUAAGCAUGGCUUGACAGUAAUUCACCUUGGAGCCUGGUCUGGGAACCUUGACAUCAUGCUUAUGGUUAGAGCUGGAGCUGACCAGAGAGCCAAGAAUCAGGAUGGAAUGAAUGCUCUUCACUUUGCAGCUCAGAGCAAUAAUGUGCGCAUCCUGGAGCACCUCAUUCAAGAUCUGCACCUGCAGGACUUGAACCAGCCUGAUGAGAAGGGAAGAAAAUCACUUCUUUUGGCAGCUGAGAGGUGCCAUGUUGAAAUGAUAGAAAAACUUAUCUUUCUUCAUCUGCAUACUUCAGAAAAAGACAAGGAGGGAAGCACUGCCCUGCACCUUGCUGCACAGCAUGGUCACGGUCUUGUAGUGCAGGUGCUGCUAACCCAGUGGGAAGAAAUAAAUGAGAUGAAUGAGGAAUGUGGAAAUCUCAAUAUCAGUGGUUUGCAGAUGGCAACCCAGAAUGGCCACACAUCCCUCAUCAACUUUCUUCUCAGCAAAAACGUGGAUCUGCACCAGACAGUGGAACCCAUGGAGCCCCCCCUUCAUUUAGCUGCUAUCAACAACCAUAUCACAGUUGUAAAUAGUUUAUUAAGUGCCCAGCAUGAUACUGACAUUUUAAAUUUCUCAUGGCAGAGACAGCAAACCCCUCUGCAUAGAGCUGCUGAUCUUGGAAACGUAGAACUGGUGGAAACCCUGCUGAAGGCAGGCUGUGACUUGAAGGUUGUCAAUAAGCAAGGAAAGACUGCCCUGACCGUGGGCUCCAGGAGCAACCACAGCCUUGUCGUGGACAUGCUCAUUAAAGCGGAGAGGUACUACGCCUCGAAAGAGGAGCAUCAAGAAAGUGUCAGGGAUGCAUCAACAGGUUUUACUCUGACGUUCAAGCAAGAUCACAGUCUGGAGACCAGGCACAUGCGUACGCUCGUCUGAAACCUGGCUUACCAUCAGCUGCAGGCUGGUGAGUGGCAGAGGCUGGCCCAUUCAUGGACCUUUACGGAUGACCAGCUCAGAGCCAUUGAGGCACAGUGGUCAGGUUCUGACAGCUUCGGCAAACACCGUCACCGGGCUCUGCUCAUCUGGCUGCAUGGGGCCCUGAUGACUCAGGCUGACCCGGCCAAGCACCUGUAUGAAGAGCUCGGCCGGGCAGGUUUCCCAGAACUAGCUGAAAAGAUUCAUCAAUUCAAAAGCAAAACUGACCUAACCUCCAGGAAAUGUGCAGUUUCAUAA